AUGACGCGAACACGGACGUCGCUCAGGGAGCCUUCGAGGAGACAGCGAUCCCCAGGCGCGACCCCGAAGGUGGUUACCUUCGCCAAACAGAAAUUUCACCCCAACGUCGUCCUAGACACGUUCUUCACGUUCGUCGCGGAGCGCCACCGCAUCCACCAGCGCCGCCUGUACGGCGAGCAGCGACCCUGGACUGACGACUCCAUCCUCGACACCUACCCAUUUACGAACGUCUUCCGGAUAUACGACCGCGUCACACAAUACAUCCUCCACAACGUGAUCGCAAAGGGCGACCAGAGCCUGCACGAGCAGUGUUUCCGGGUGAUGCUCUUCCGCUCGUUCAACCGGAUGGAGACCUGGGACCUCCUCGUCGCGCGCUUCGGGGCGGUGACUUGGCGCGACUUCGACGUCAACGCGUACGAGGAGGUGCUGCUAGCGGAGCAGCAAGAACACCCCCUCUACGGCCACGCGUACAUAAUCCCCUCCCCAAAACUCGGCGGGCGUGCGAACGCGUCCAACCAUCUCCGCCUCGUCCAGCUCAUGAUGGAGGAAGACCUGCCCGGCGAGCUCAAGAAGCUGCAUCACCUGAAGGACGCGCACGGGCGGAUAAGCCUCUUCCCCAGCAUGGGCGACUUCAUGGCGCUUCAGCUGCUUCUAGACCUGAACAUGACCGCGCACUUCAACUACGCCGAGGACGAGUGGGUCGCGCUCGGCCCGGGCUCGCUCGCGUGCCUGCAGAAGAUGUUCGGGCCCGCGAUCCGCUCCUUCGAGCUCGACGCGCUGCGCUACCUGCACCGCACGCAGCACGCGCACUUCGCGCGCCUGCGCGUGCGCCCGGACUGCAUCCCGCGCGUCCCCGGGCGCGCGCACGGGCUCUCCAUGGUCGACAUCGAGCACGCGCUCUGCGAGUGCGAGAAGUACUCGCGCGCGUUCCACCCGGGCAUCGUCGGCAAGCGCCUCAAGGUCGCGAAGCGCGUGUUCGCGCCGCGCCCCGCGCCCAUCACCGCGGACGUCCCCGCGCACUGGCUCGCGGGCGCGCGACGCCGUACGGAGGGGCUCUUGCGCCCCGGCGCGAUUACGGUCGGGGGCAAGAAGGAGUACGAGGUGGAGCACAUCGUCGCAGAGAAGCGCAACCAGAGCGGGAGCGACCCGCUGUACCUCAUCCGUUGGGUCGGGUGGGGUCCGGAUGGCGACACCUGGCAACGCGAGAGCGACCUGGUGGGGGCGUCGCUUGUGCUGCAGGAUUGGAAGACCGCGAAGCAGCGCAUCGCAACCCGUGCUAUCGAGAUGCAGGACAUGGGUCUCCGAUUCAAGUCUCAGGAUCACAAGCUUAAGAAGGGCCGGAAGAGUGGAUGAUCUGUACGACAGCCUGAUUUGUACCUUCGCACUUUGCUUUCACAUUGCUAGUUAACGCUGUCUUCGUCCGUCCGUCGCUGUUUUAUGUAGCUAGGACAGUACAUAGUACACCAUAUUAGUUGCUUAGAUCCCGCUACUUAGUAGAGUAGGAUAUCGCGAUGCCAAUAAACUGGUGUCACCC